GACGGCGGGAACCUGUUGCUGGUUGGCACGCUUGGCACUUCCGUGUUGGGAGAUGGACGGAACAGACUCACUGGCAUCUUGGAUCAGAUGAGCGCUUUUCCUUGGGAUUAGCGUCCAGGUCGCCAGACCGAUCGCCGCUGGCAGGGAAGUUCAACGAAAAUUGCACUACGAAGCGUUGCACCCUCCUCCUCAUCACCAUAAUGCCCAGCUGACGAGGUCGCUGCAGAAAGUCGGGGUGCUUCAAAAGCCAGUGAUGUGAUGGAAGCGGACUCAGGGCCCGUUUCAGUGUUUUUUUAUUAAGGGACCUGACGCCUUUCCGCGGUGACGAGUAUCAUGACCACCACAGUAGGCAAUGGCAACGAUAACAAGCAGUUCAAAGGUGACCCCAGGGGUCUCGGGAUACCAUCCAGGGUGGUCCACAUCCGCAAACUUCCCGAUGACAUCGUGGAAGCGGAGGUCAUCGGCCUCGGCGUUCCCUUCGGAGACAUCACCAACCUCCUCAUGCUCAAAGCCAAGAACCAGGCCUUCUUGGAGAUGUCGUCUGUGGAGUGCGCUCACAACAUGGUGUCUUGCUACUCAGCUGUGCUGCCUUUCAUCCGCAACCAUCCCGUCUUUGUGCAGUUCUCCAACCACAAGGAACUCAAGACGGAUCACUCCCCCAACCACGAGGUAACACCGCCGCUAAGAACUGUUAAAGUUGCUAAAGCGAUAGCGUUUGACCAAGUCCCCGCUCCCCUGUCUCAGAGGGCUCAAGCGGCUCUGCUUGGAGCUCCCCACAUGGACCCGUCUGUGCUGCCCCCCGGUGGUGUGCUGCGUGUGGUGGUGGACAACAUGAUGUAUCCUGUCAGUCUGGAUGCUCUCUGUCAGAUCUUCUCCAAAUUCGGCACAGUGUUGAGGAUCAUCAUCUUUACGAAGAACAGUCAGUUCCAGGCUCUUCUUCAGUACCCCGACAGCUCAACCGCGCACGCUGCUAAAAUGUGUCUGGAUGGUCAGAACAUCUACAACGGCUGCUGCACGCUGAGGAUCAACUACUCCAAGCUGAGCAGCCUGAACGUCAAGUUCAACAACGACAAGAGUCGAGACUUCACCAGACCGCACCUCCCCGGCGGAGACAUAGACCAUUCCCGCAUGGCCGCCGCCACCUUCGCUCCGGGCAUCGUGUCGGUCACGCCCUACUCCGCCCCGCCACGCGCCUUCCCCCCUGCCUUCACUAUCCAGCCUGCAGGGCUGACGUUCCCCGGGACCGCCAGGCCGCCCUACGCCCCGCCGCCCGGCGGGCGCUCCGUCCUGCUGGUCGGCAACCUCCACCCAGAGAGGGUGACGCCCCAGUGCCUCUUUAUUCUCUUUGGCGUGUACGGCGACGUGAUGCGUGUGAAGAUCCUCUUCAACAGGAAGGAUAACGCGCUGGUGCAAAUGGCCGACGCCACGCAGGCGCAGCUCGCCAUGUGCCACCUGAGCGGGCAACGCCUGCACGGCAAGCCCCUGCGCGUGACACCAUCCAAACACGCCAGCGUGUGUUUGCCUCGCGAUGGGCACGAGUGUGAAGGUCUGACUCGAGACUUUAGCUGCUCACCGCUGCACCGUUUCAAGAAGCCCGCCUCCAAGAACUACGCCAACAUCUUCCCGCCCUCCGCUACGCUGCACCUGUCCAACAUCCCGCCCUCGGUGCUGGAGGACGACCUGACGGCCAUCUUCUCCAGCGCCGGCGCUCGUGUGCUCGACUUCAAGUUCUUUCAGAAGGACCACAAGAUGGCGCUGAUCCAGAUGGGCUCAGUGGAGGAGGCCACGGAGUCGCUGAUCCUGUUCCACAAUCACGACCUCGGCGACCGUCACCACCUUCGGGUGUCCUUCUCCAAGUCGGCAAUCUGAAAAGAAAAAAGAAAAAACUAAAACGCUUUGCGUUUCACUUUUGACCUUUGACUCUUGGAUUGCUGCGGCCUCCGGGCCUCAUCACACCUGACGCUCGCUGGCACACGCCUGCAAGCUAUUUGCUUGACUGGACAGACAACCAUCGAGUUACAAGACAUCUCAGCCCAUAUCGAUUGUACUAUACUUACGAGUAGCUUUGUAGGCCUGUUAAGAUGCUGUCGGUACUAGUAGGGCUACAACUAACGAUUAUUUUAUUAAUCGAAUAGUCUGGCGAGAUUUUUUUUAGAUUAAUCGGACAAAAGAAACUUUUUAAUUUCCAUCCCUUUAUUCGAAAACAGGAAAUGAUUUUAAACUGAAAGUGCAGAAAAUGCACAAGCAUAAAUUGAUGAUGAUGACUUAGCAUCGGUCAGAAAAUCAGCAGAAAUGUUGAUUGUUUACCAAAGUAAAAAGCAGAUGUUUGCAAAUAUCUCAUUUGGGGAAAAAAAAAACAAAGAUAAUCUGUAUGCAAACAUGGACGAUGACAGAAAUUUACUGUUGAGAGGCAGAAAUCAGAAUUUGGACAAUUUUAAGUUUAACAUCUCAAAACAAUUAAUCAAUGAAAAAAAAUGUUUGUUGGUUGCUGAUUAAUCGAUGAUUUGUUGCACUACUAGUUAAUAGUGUAAUAGUUACUUUUGACCUCAAACAUCAUAAGUGGUUAUCUUCAUAGUUACUUGUCAGGCAUAACUAGUUACUAUACUUAUCAAAGUUACUGUAGUUACUUGCUAGUCAGCCGUGACUAGUUGCUAUGGUUACGAGUAAUUUCUUAGUUACCUGUCAGGCCUAACUAGUUAUUUGUGUAGUUACUAGUAACUUGUUACCUACUUGUCAGUCUUGCUGGAGAGCAUUGAGGUGACGUGGUGCCUUACGAUUAUGAUGAUGAUCAUCAUAAUUGUAACUCGUGUGAUGCGCUUCGCCUGUUUUCACGUCUGCGCAAUAUUUGCCUCGUACAAUCGCGUCCAAACCAAAAAGUUACGUGACAUUCCACUGUCGCGCUCUCUCGCGGUGCCUUCAAGACGCCGUCAGACAAUUGGAAAACACGAGGCGUGUCCCGAAGCAUCGGAGCGUUUGCGCCGCCAACGUUUCUUAGCACGCCUGCCGUGUUCGCUGUGUGGCUGCUAGUGUCGCAUUUCUUUGUUUAGUUACUAGUAGCACGUUCAGGUGCACUGCUAUUGCUAAUAAAAGUGUGCUGACAUGUUUAAGUUGCUUAUGAAUGAGCUUGUUUGCCAGAAUAGCUAACAUUAGUUGUUGUCGCUGAUUUGUUUGGCAUGUUGGCUAAUGUGGCGAAUCGCGCAUGCUUCUGAAUUUUCAGAGCAGGAAGCGAAAAUGCAACUUUUUGAUUGAUGAUAAAGACAGGAAGUGAAGUCACGUGUCGCGACAAGGCGUGUGUGUUGGUCUUGUGGCCUCCAUCUUUCCAUUCCGUUGCGCUGAUGAACACGUCGAUUGAAUUUCCCAGGUGACACGAACGCAUCGCGGAGCUUGAUAUGUGAUGAGAGGAGCGGGACUCGGGUGGGGGUCUGAAGUGUACAUAGCGUUUCAUACCACAGGUUGGUGUUUCGAGGUGAACUUUUUUUUUUUUUCCAUUUGUAUUUGAUUUGAUGCAGGUGUGACACACGUCAUCAACACUCCCAAGAAAAAGGCAACGAAUGAAUAAAAUCUGUUUUUAUCUGA